AUGCCGCCCUUCAAGGUGAUUAUCGUCGGCGGAAGCUUGUCGGGUCUGGUCUUAGCCAAGAUCUUCGAAGAAUACGGCAUUGACUACGUGUUACUUGAAAAGCACGAGAAGGUUGCGCCGCAUCUAGGCGCGGGAUUCGCUCUCUGGCCCAACGGGCAUCGAGUGCUGGAACAGUUAGACUGUGUCGAGGCCCUGGAAAAUGCGAACGGGCCGGUCAACAACCUGACCGCGUACGACUCGAACGGCGUCCUCCGUGAUGACCGGCCAAGUUAUGGCGAUUGGAGCCGAGCUAUGCUCGGGGAUCAAGUGCGCUUUAUGGAGCGUCGCGAUGCGGUGCAGGGAAUCUGGGACGGCCUCAAGGACAAGUCGAAAGUAAUUACUGCAACGUCGCUGGUCAAGAUCACGUGUGAUGCGGAUGGCGUCACGGCAGAGGCAUCGGACGGCCAAGUCUUCCAUGGUGAUAUUAUCAUCGGCGCAGAUGGAGUGCAUAGUCGCGUCCAGCAGGAAAUGCAGCGGAUUGCUGCAGCAGACAGGCCCGGCUUUGACUUGUUUCCCGACAAAGAUGGCAUUGAAUGCAGUUACAGUGGGGUCUUCGGCGUGGCCCAAGGCGUGGACGGCAUCAGUUCGUCGGAGGCAGUACGAACAUACGCAAAGGGCCGCAGCUACAUUGCGUGUGGAGGCCCGGAUAAAAUUGUAUACUGGAUUUACCAGUUCAAAAACGAAGGUGGCAAGACCACGCAAGGAAGAGAGAUCCCCCGAUACACGAUGGAAGACCGCGAUCGUUUAGUGGCGAGGCAUAUCAAUGAUCAAAUCAAGCCAGGCAUUACACUGGGCGAUCUCUUCAACAACUCUCCUCAAUCGACUCUAGUGCCUCUUGAAGAGGGUGUACUCAAGACAUGCUACUACCGCCGUAUGGUGCUAGCAGGAGAUUCGUGGCAUAAGAUUCAUCCGAUAAGCGGUUUAGGCGGCAAUAGCGCAAUUCUGUCGGCAGCGUCACUGGGGAAUCAACUCCAUGCCUUCAUUGGGAAGAAACCCAGCGAGGCCGAUCUUCAGAAGGCAUUCCAAGCCUACCAGAAAGAACGAACGUGGCACGUUCAGGCUGUUGUCAAGUUUGCUCACUAUUUGCAAGUUUCUGAUGCACUGGACAGCCCAUUGAGUUUAUUUAUGAAGCGGGUUAUUCUCCCUCUCAUCCCCUCUGCAUCGUUCUUGAAUAUGCAUGCCACUAUCCUUGUUCCAUCGAUUCGUGACGAGGUCAAAAUCAAGCCUGCUGAUCGCCCUCGUCUGAUCAGCCUGGUCUGGAUAGCUCUGCUCGUGGCCGCAUUCUGGCUACUAUAUCCUCUUCAGCAGGUAUCUGAGCUGAACUCCACAUGGACAACAUCUCCCUUGCCGAGACUGCGAAAUGGCUUUGAAAUCGACAUAUCGCUGUAUCUCCAGCUCUCCCUAACCGCAAUCACCAGUAUCAUGUGUCUUGAGUCGUACAGAUUGUCGUUUUCAGUGCUGAGCAUUCUGGGAUCCGUCGCUUUUCAUGAGCUGGACCGCCGUCUUGCCUGUGUACUUUGGGCUUUUCAUUUUAUCCUCUGCAACGAGGCCAUUCUACUACCCCAGUGCGCGAGCUCUAGAUUUGGCGAUGGUCCAGGCCCUGGUUCCUGCCUAUUUGGUCACCUACCUCCCGCCUUUGGCCUGCACGUUUCUCUCCCCACAUUGGCGACAAAGGCCUGGACCAUCGCUCAUGUUGCGCUCCCUCUCAUGCUACGACUCUCCAAAAGAAUCGUGGAGCGUGGGUGUGUCAUCCCUCGAGGCCCCGAGGCGCAAUAUGGCAAACUCGACCUGGUGCCUUUAACGGGCUUCUUGCGGUUGCUUUACAUGGUUCAGAUGAUCACCUCCCUUCUUGCUAGGAGUGUUUUUGUCAACAAAGUAUACACCUUACUCCAGGAGGGAGGGCUCAAUAAGCUGGAUGGCUUGUCUGCCGAAAUGUUACUGCUGGAGACUUCGGCCUUGAUCUUCUUCUUAUUCUCACUGUAUGAUUUACGUCGAGUCUAUCCCGAAAGCAAGGAAGUCUGGAUGCAGUUGUUCCAGGUGUCUGUGGCCUUCGUGCUCAGUCCCACCGCAGCGCUUGCCUGGUUCUGGAAGGAUCGUGAAGUCCAGUGGGAGGAAGCCCGACAGAAGAAAGUUACCCGAGAGACCAAGCAAUAG